CCCCCUCUCCCCCUUUCCACCUUUAUAAAUCCCCCUCCCAAAGGCGCAGUUUUUAAAAGCACCCAAAUUUCUCUCCCCCAGGCGCAUCUCUAAUGGAGCUUAAGCUCUUGAAGCCCUCUCCUUGUUGGUCCUCUUCCUCUUCCUCUUCCUCUUCUCCUCGCCUCUAUGGGCCCAAAAUGCCCGUUCGGAUCCCCUUCUCCCUCCCGAGCACGCGAAGACCCACGAGCAACAAUGGAUACCUUCUCCACAACGCGAAGCUCCAUUCAAUCCGAUGCUCCGUAUCGUACUCGCCAAGGCUGGAGAAAAAGCGAAUCGAUCAAAGUGAGAUCUUGACUCUUGACAGCAUCAGACACUCGUUAAUUCGUCAAGAAGAUAGCAUAAUAUUCAGCCUUUUGGAGAGGGCCCAAUAUUGUUAUAAUGCCGACACUUACGAUAGCAAUGCUUUCGACAUGGAUGGAUUUGAAGGCUCUCUAGUUGAAUUCAUGGUUAGAGAGACUGAAAAGCUACAUGCACAGGUCGGGAGAUACAAGAGCCCGGAUGAGCAUCCUUUCUUUCCAGAAGAUUUGCCUGAGCCCAUGCUGCCACCUAUGCAGUAUCCAAAGGUUCUGCAUCCCAUUGCUGAUUCCAUCAACAUAAACAGGAUGAUAUGGAAAAUGUAUUUCGGUAACCUUCUCCCAAGAUUAGUAAGAGAAGGAAAUGAUGGUAAUUGUGGAUCAAGUGCCGUUUGUGACACAAUCUGUUUGCAGGCUCUCUCGAAAAGAAUCCACUAUGGUAAAUUUGUGGCGGAGGCGAAGUUUCAAGAAUCUCCUGAUUCCUACGAACCUGCAAUUAGAGCACAGGAUGGUGAUCAGCUAAUGCGCUUGCUAACAUACGAGUCUGUGGAGAGAGCAAUCACACGCAGGGUAGAAACAAAGGCCAAAAUCUUUGGACAAGAGGUGACUAUUGGUGGCGACGGAAACGGAAACCCACCAGUGUACAAGAUCAAGCCAACAUUAGUUGCUGAGCUCUAUGAUGACUGGAUCAUGCCGCUCACCAAGGAAGUUCAAGUCCAAUACCUGCUUAGGAGGUUGGACUAAAGCUAUAUUAUAUGCUGGCCUGGGAGGUCCAAUACCUGCUGCGGAGGUUGGAUUAAGUUACAAAAUUCUGGCCUGAAAAGCGCGUAUAACAGAAGAAAAGCCAUUUCGUUUUUUGAACUACAACAUGAUAUAUACCCUUCUGUUUUGUUUAAUGUUUAUACGAAUGUAGUUUGUUAUAUCUCUCGCAUUUAAGAGUCGAAGCAAAUUCUGAUGUGAUCUUGCUUCUGCUUCUUGAUUUCGCGUCUCGUUUCACUUGUAUUAAGUGUUCCGAUAUGUAAUCAGGUAGUUAUCAUCAAGUGUUUUGUUUUCCAAUCAUAAUAAUGUAAAUUUGGGUUUACGAAUCUUUGCCUUGCUGAAAUAAUGUAAUGCGAAGAAAUCUUAUCCUGAAA